AAGCUAAACACAGUAAGUUUUUUAAGUACGGUCAUGACAUUAGUAUUCUAAAAACGUAACGUAAUAUCAACGCUAAACGCAGCGAUUUCCAAGCUGUUCUUUUUUCAAUGUGGAACGAAACGUUUUCUUCUCGUCUGUAUGACGUCAUAAUGACGUCAAAGGAGUUGACAUUUGACAUUUGAAUAGAGUUUCCGAACCGCCUUUGUUUUCAAAAUUUGUAAAGUUAUAGAAAUAUGUGUAAAUAAACAAUAAAAAAUAUUUUAUAGUUUACACAGAUAUUCCAAAUAACUAUUUUUUUUUACGCAGUAGCUCCAGUGGUAUCAUGAAAGUUUGUUUCUUUCAGAUAAGUAAAAUGCCUACAAACUGAGAUUGCGUGGGUUUACCUUUGUAAUUCGCGAAUAAUGAAGCCGGGAAAGAGUUCUGAUGAGAAGGAGGAAAUAGUAGAAGUACACUCGAGUGCACGCUCACCCUCUCCUAAACACAAAAACAAACAGAGACAACGAAGCAGUUCUGGAUCUAGAAAACUAUCAAACGGUCACGCUAUUGAACCUGAAAAUACAGAAACGGUGGAAACACCAGAGAAGUCCAAGCGAGGUAGCUGGAUUAAAUCCGAACACGAAUCUUUGGACACUGAGCUUCCUAUACACGAUCAAAUCAAGCAGGAUAUUCUAGGCUUUGUCGAGAAGGAAAUUAAGAAAUCUGACAAGAAUCCGUCGUUUGUAUUUUAUUCUCACGAUCCAAAUGGUUUGGAUGAAAAGUUUCUGAAGUCACUGUCCCGUCCGUCAAGUGGACAUAAGGAAAAACGUAGUCCAUCAUACAGGAAAAAAAAGAGACAUUCCUCAAGGCAUAGAGAUCGCGAUCUACAUGAUUUUGAAAUACCAGGCUCCAGUCUAAGUGCAUUGGAAAAGGUGGAUGAUUAUUUAAAAGAGUACAAUAAAGAUGAAGUAGUAACACUCAGCGGUGAAUUGGAAAUUGAACAUAAUGAUUUUGAGAACAAUAACGGCACGUCAAAAGAUAUCCGCCACAAACCUCGCAAGACAAAAAGAAAAUCUAGAGACGAGAGACGAGAUACUAAUGCUAAUGGUAGAGAUGUAAGCCCUAAGGUUUUCAAGACUGGCUCUAAGUCAAAACAGGGAAAGUCAGUGAGACCGACGGACUUGUCUGCAAUGCUACAAACCCUGGAAUCCAGCAUACCAUACCAUGAAGAUUACAUUGACAAUCCAUUUUCAUCACCGUCUCCAGUUACAUCACCGAAUGAUGAAAGGCUAGAUCGAUUUGGAGCUCGUCGUACUGAGAAGAUAUAUCUUCAAGGUGGAGGUACAUUCACUGCUGUGUCAAGAGAUAGAAUAUUACAGCCUCAACGAUCUAGAGAUGGUGAUAAAUACUUAAGCUUAGCCGACCACACCCCACUAGAUGUAGCCUUGAUGCUUCAGAAAGCAUGGAAGAGUUGUGCUGUGGCUUGUCACGGAGUACUCGGUGGAUUGUCUUUGAUGCAUCUUCUCCUGAUCGGCUAUACUGAUGGAUUGGAUGCUGGACAUCUGUCCUUCCACUCCGUUGUAACAAUGCCUUAUGUCGCUGCAUACUAUUUCUUUUGCGUGUUGUGUCUUCUGUCUGUUUUGGAUAGAUUAGACAUAGCAAGCUUGGAUCUCAGUAGAGGUCUCCAACCCUACUUCCAGCCGAUAGUUCUAGUCAUACUAUACAUGGCCUGCCUACUGGUCUGCGCGGCUGCCAGGAUGUACGAUGAGCUGAUGGUGUACCAGUACACGCCUCUGGUACACAACAUCACCGGGAAUCUUACCACACCAACCAUACCGACCUUCUAUCACACAUGGACACACUUCUCCAUAUGGCGCGCGGUCCUGUCAGUCCUGGGGCUGGUCUACUUCGUGAUAUCCUCACCUGAGGACCUCGUCUACGCAAACAUAAGCAAACUGUUACAGUUCAAACAUUCGUUGCGCAGUAUUGAAUGAUUCUUCGAGGGGUCAGGAGAGGUGAGCCGUGACGUCACAUCUCCCGGGGUCAGGAGAGGUAAGCCGUGACGUCACACCUCCCUCAACAUUCCAUAGAUUUGGAUAUUAUUAUUAUAUUAGAUUAAUGUUUUUUUUGUUUGUUAAAAACGUUACACUCAUAGGCUAUAAACAAAUAAUAACCCGAACAAUUUUAUGUUUUAUCUUCAUGAUUCUGAUCUGAAAAUACUAAAGUUGACGACAUCUUGAUGUUGGUAAAGAUUAGGUUGAAAGAGUCUGUUAUAUAGACAGACACAGAUGAAUUGAAUAA